AUGGAGUUCCCCUUUGGGUCCGUGGGAACUACCAACUUCAGACGGUUCACUCCAGAGUCGCUGGCAGAGAUCGAGAAGCAGAUCGCUGCCCACCGCGCCGCCAAGAAGGCCAGACCUAAGCACAGAGGACAGAAGGACAAGGCUGAGAAGCCCAGGCCUCAGCUGGACUUGAAGGCCUGUAACCAGCUGCCCAGGUUCUAUGGUGAGCUCCCAGAAGAACUGGUCGGGGAGCCUCUGGAGGACCUGGAUCCUUUCUACAGCACACACCGGACAUUCAUAGUCUUGGAUAAAAGCAGGACCAUUUCCAGAUUCAGUGCCACUUGGGCCCUGUGGCUCUUCAGUCCCUUUAACCUGAUCAGAAGAACGGCCGUCAAAGUGUCUGUCCACUCCUGGUUCUCCAUAUUUAUCACUGUCACUAUUUUGGUCAACUGUGUGUGCAUGACCCGAACUGAUCUUCCAGAGAAAGUCGAAUGCCUAGAGGGUCUAAUUUCAUUAGACUCCAAUGCCCUGGCAGGAGCCAUCCUCAACAAGCCUGGUACUACGGAUCCCUUGUUGUGUGGCAAUGGGUCUGAUGCUGGUCACUGCCCUGGUGGUUAUAUCUGCAAGAAAACCCCUGACAACCCGGAUUUCAACUACACCAGCUUUGAUUCCUUCGCUUGGGCAUUCCUGUCACUGUUCCGUCUCAUGACGCAGGACUCCUGGGAGCGCCUAUACCAGCAGACACUCCGGGCUUCCGGGAAAAUGUACAUGGUCUUUUUUGUGCUGGUCAUCUUCCUUGGAUCAUUCUACCUGGUCAAUUUGAUCUUGGCUGUGGUCACCAUGGCAUAUGAGGAGCAGAACCAGGCAACAAUUGCAGAAAUCGAAGCCAAGGAAAAAAAGUACCGCGAAGCCCUCGAGGUGCUGCAGAAGGAACAGGAGGUGCUGGCAGCCCUGGGGAUUGACACGACCUCACUCCAUUCCCACAAUGGAUCACCCUUAGCCCCCAAAAACGCCAAUGAGAGAAGACCCAGGGUGAAAUCAAGGGUGUCAGAGGGCUCGACGGAUGACAACAGAUCACCCCAAUCUGACCCUUACAACCAGCGCAGGAUGGCACUCGAUGCCGCAAGGCAGAAGAACUUCCUGUCUGCAGAUUACUUGGAUGAACCUUUCCGAGCACAGAGGGCGAUGAGCGUCGUCAGUAUUAUGACUUCUGUCAUUGAGGGUGCCGAUAAGCAUGUCCCUGUGUCCUUCACUGUCCCCAAGGCUCUGCAGCUGCUUCGGGUCUUCAAGCUAGCCAAGUCCUGGCCCACCCUGAACAUACUCAUCAAGAUCAUUGGCAAUUCUGUGGGGGCCCUGGGCAACCUGACCUUCAUCCUGGCCAUCAUCGUCUUUAUCUUUGCCCUGGUCGGAAAGCAGCUUCUCUCGGAGAACUACGGUUGCAGCAAAGAUGGCUUCUCUGUGUGGAAGGGCGAGAGACUCCGCUGGCACAUGUGUGACUUCUUCCAUUCCUUCCUCGUGGUCUUCCGGAUCCUCUGCGGGGAGUGGAUCGAGAACAUGUGGGUCUGCAUGGAGGUCAGCCAGAAAUCCAUCUGCCUCAUCCUCUUCUUGACUGUGAUGGUGCUGGGCAACCUGGUGGUGCUCAACCUUUUCAUCGCUUUAUUGCUGAACUCCUUCAGCGCGGACAAUCUCACAGCCCCAGAGGAUGACGGGGAGGUGAACAACUUGCAGGUAGCACUGGCCAGGAUUCAGGUUUUUGGCCAUCGGGCCAGUCGGGCCGUCAUUAGUUAUAUCAGCAGCCACUGCCGGCUCCGCUGGCCCAAGGUGGAGCCCCAGCUGGGGGUGAAACCCCCACUCACCAGCUCCAAAGCCGAGAACCACAUUGCUACUGAAGCUGUCAACGCUGCAGUGGGGAACCUGGCAAAGCCAGCUCUCGACGGCCCCAAGGAGAACCCCGGGGACUUCAUCACCGAUCCUAAUGUGUGGGUCUCUGUGCCCAUUGCUGAGGGAGAAUCUGACCUCGAUGAGCUUGAGGAAGAUAUGGAGCAGGCUUCUCAGAGCUCCUGGCAGGAAGAGAGCCCCGAAGGAGAGCAGGAGCAGCUACCACAAGUCCAAACGUGUGACGAACACCAGGCAGCCCGAAGCCCAGCCUCCGGGAUGUCCUCCGAGGACCUGGCUCCAUACAUGGGGGAGAGAUGGAAGAGGGGGGAUAGCCCUCGGAUCCCUGCAGAGGGAGUGGAUGAUACGAGCUCCUCUGAGGGCAGCACUGUGGACUGCCCGGACCCAGAGGAGAUCCUGAGGAAGAUCCCUGAGCUGGCAGAUGAGCUGGACGAGCCCGAUGACUGCUUCACAGAAGGCUGCACUCGCCGCUGUCCCUCCUGCCAAGUGAACAGCAGUAAGUUUCCUUGGACCACAGGCUGGCAGCUGCGCAAAACCUGCUACCGCAUUGUGGAACACAGCUGGUUCGAGAGUUUCAUCAUCUUCAUGAUCCUGCUCAGCAGCGGAGCACUGGCCUUUGAGGAUAACUACCUGGAAGAAAAACCCCGACUGAAGUCUGUGCUGGAGUACACUGAUAGAGUGUUCACCUUCAUCUUCGUAUUCGAGAUGUUGCUCAAGUGGGUAGCUUAUGGCUUCAAAAAAUAUUUCACCAAUGCCUGGUGCUGGCUGGACUUCCUCAUCGUGAAUAUCUCUCUGACAAGCCUCAUAGCAAAGAUCCUUGAGUCAGAUGUGGCAUCCAUCAAAGCCCUUCGGACUCUCCGCGCCCUCCGGCCGCUGAGGGCUCUGUCUCGAUUUGAAGGCAUGAGGGUAGUGGUGGAUGCCUUGGUGGGCGCCAUCCCUUCCAUCAUGAACGUCCUCCUCGUCUGCCUCAUCUUCUGGCUCAUCUUCAGCAUUAUGGGGGUGAACCUCUUUGCCGGGAAAUUUUCGAGAUGUGUUGACACCAGGAGCAACCCAUUUUCCAUUGUGAAUUUGACAAUGGUGACUAACAAGUCUGAGUGUCACAUUCAAAACAACACUGGCCACUACUUCUGGGUUAACGUCAAAGUCAACUUCGACAACGUUGCUAUGGGCUACCUGGCGCUUCUCCAGGUGGCAACCUUCAAAGGCUGGAUGGAUAUUAUGUAUGCAGCUGUGGAUUCCCGAGAUAUCAACAGUCAGCCUAGCUGGGAGGAAAGCCUGUAUAUGUACCUGUACUUCGUCGUCUUCAUCAUUUUUGGUGGCUUCUUCACGCUGAAUCUCUUUGUCGGGGUCAUAAUUGACAACUUCAAUCAACAGAAAAAAAAGAUAAGGGGCCAGGAUAUCUUCAUGACGGAGGAGCAGAAGAAAUACUACAAUGCCAUGAAGAAGCUGGGCUCCAAGAAACCCCAGAAGCCCAUCCCACGGCCCCUGAAUAAAUACCAGGGCUUCGUGUUUGACAUCGUGACCAGGCAAGCAUUUGACAUCAUCAUCAUGGUUCUCAUCUGCCUCAACAUGAUUACCAUGAUGGUGGAGACCGAUGAUCAGAGCGAGGAGAAGACGAAGGUCCUGGGCAAAAUCAACCAGUUCUUUGUGGCCGUCUUCACGGGAGAAUGUGUGAUGAAGAUGUUCGCCCUGCGGCAGUACUACUUCACCAACGGCUGGAAUGUGUUUGACUUCAUAGUGGUGAUCCUGUCCAUUGGGAGUCAGGUGUUUUCUGCAAUCCUUAAGUCACUAGAAAAUUACUUCUCCCCAACGCUCUUCCGCGUCAUCCGUCUGGCCAGGAUCGGCCGCAUCCUCAGGCUGAUCCGAGCCGCUAAGGGGAUACGCACGCUGCUCUUCGCCCUCAUGAUGUCCCUGCCUGCCCUUUUCAACAUCGGCCUCCUCCUCUUCCUCGUCAUGUUCAUCUACUCCAUCUUCGGCAUGGCCAGCUUCGCUAACGUUGUGGAAGAGGCUGGCAUUGACGACAUGUUCAACUUCAAGACCUUUGGCAACAGCAUGCUGUGCCUGUUCCAGAUCACCACGUCGGCUGGCUGGGACGGCCUCCUCAGCCCCAUCCUCAACACAGGACCCCCCUACUGCGACCCCAACCUAACCAACAGCAAUGGCUCCAAGGGGAAUUGCGGGAGCCCAGCGGUGGGCAUCAUCUUCUUCACCACCUACAUCAUCAUCUCCUUCCUCAUCGUGGUGAACAUGUACAUCGCGGUGAUUCUGGAGAACUUCAAUGUGGCCACAGAAGAGAGCACAGAGCCCCUGAGUGAGGACGACUUCGACAUGUUCUAUGAGACCUGGGAGAAGUUCGAUCCGGAGGCCACCCAGUUCAUCGCCUUUUCUGCCCUCUCUGACUUUGCAGACACGCUCUCUGGCCCUCUUAGAAUCCCAAAACCCAAUCAGAAUAUAUUAAUCCAGAUGGACCUGCCGUUGGUCCCCGGAGAUAAAAUCCACUGUUUGGACAUCCUUUUUGCCUUCACAAAGAAUGUCUUGGGAGAAUCUGGGGAGUUGGAUUCUCUGAAGACUAAUAUGGAAGAGAAGUUUAUGGCAACUAAUCUUUCCAAAGCAUCCUACGAACCAAUAGCAACCACCCUCCGAUGGAAGCAAGAAGACAUCUCAGCCACCGUCAUUCAAAAGGCCUAUCGGAGCUACAUGUUGCAACGCUCCUUGACACUCUCUAACCCCCUGAGUGUGUCCAGGGCUGAGCAGGAUGGUGAGUCACCCCCCGGGGAAGGCUAUGUUACAUUCAUGGCAAAUGGCAACAGUAGGCUCCCAGACAAAUCGGAAACUGCUUCUGCUACAUCUUUCCCACCAUCCUAUGACAGCGUCACCAGGGGCCUGAGUGACAGGGUCAACGUUAGCACAUCUAGCUCAAUGCAAAAUGAAGAUGAAGUCACCGCUAAGGAAGGGAGCAGCCCCGGACCUCAGUGA